AUGCUGCUCGAGUACCCAAUCAUGUCUAAUAUAAAUAAAAGGACAGCAGAGGGAGACGCGGCUGGACUACCUACUCUUUGUAAUCAUAUUUGCAUUCGUUUAUUAAACGAUCGAAUAAAUAAAUCCCUGGGGACGUUUAGAACCACACAACCUUUUAACCGGUCAGAAGAUUUCCCUUUUCAGUCUUUUCUCCCUCUAGUGUUAAACUCUGCACCAGAGGCAAAUCUCGGUACUGCAAAAGGGAGCACAAGUGAAUAG